AUGAACCGUCUUUUCAUUUCCAGCCACAGAAGAAUUAUUCCAGCAAAGACCGAGAUUGCUCAUCAUUGUCCAGGUACCGAAUCGCAGAAUGUUGCCAGCGUACAUAAUUCAAAAUAUACCUACACCGAGCUGUUACCACCAUUUGCAAAUGCUUCACGUUUGCGAGUUCAUCCAUUCCAGGAUAGAUCUGAUAUUGGUUGCCUUAAGUUGAGCUUCUUGAAUAAAAUUAUCGAUUUCUUCGCUGCCACUCGUCCAAUUCACGAAUUAUUCUGUUACGUUCGACGUCGCAGUAUUGACACCAAUUCGACGGCAUCUGGAUUCAUGCUUGCAGGUGAAAGAGGGAAGCUAUGCCUUAAGAUGAUAGCUGUAGCCGGGUUCUGGACGGAUUUGCCGUCAGCCGAGGCACUGGACGAUCUCGACACUGCUAUAGAAUUCAACCCGACUAUACCUUUACAGCACACGCGGCAAAGUGUAUUACAUGAUGGAAUUCUACGAGAUGCAUUCGCGUAUCUGGACACUGCCCUAGAAACAACACCUGCCAACGGCUUUGAUCGCGGUCGUGUUUACUACACGUUGAGCAGAUUGACUGGGCUUUGA